AUGACUGCUUCCCAGAUGCGCAUUGCCGAGACGAUAGACGCCUUUUACGGAGACUCUGGUGCGAAAGACGGCGUGAGCAGAAGUUACAAGCAGGCGGUGGAGGACCUUGAUGCCGAGACCAUUAAGGCGCUGGAUGGCCCCUACCAACAAACCGUUCUCGAGCCCAUCUCACGCUUCUGCGCCUACUUCCCAGACGUAAACGAAUGCAUCAAGAAGCGCGGCCACAAGCUCCUCGACUACGAUGCACUACGCGCCAAGGUCAAGAAGCUCGUCGAGAAGCCCGAUAAGGACGUGACCAAGCUGCCCCGCGCCGAGAAGGAGAUGGAAAUGGCAAAGGCCGCCUACGAGCAGCUCAACGAGCAGCUGUCGUCGGAACUUCCCCAGCUCAUCGACCUCCGCGUGCCGUAUCUCGAUCCGACUUUCGAGGCCCUCGUCAAGAUCCAGCUGCGCUUCUGCGCCGAGGCGUACAGUCGCAUGGCGCAGGUGCAACAGUACCUGGACGCGGAUACUAGAGAACAGUAUGCGCAAGGUCAGCUGGAUCAGCGUGUCGAGCAAGUGCUGCAGGAGAUUCGCGAGCUCAGCAUCAGUGGCACCGUAUGA